UAUCAUGCUAACAAAUGUAUGUGAAAUAUGUAAUUCAUUGAAAAGUUAAUGAUUUACUCAAAGCAUAAAAUAUGUAAUUUACAGUUUCAGAUGCCCCUUCAUCAAAUCGCGUCAUUUUCAGAAUUAAAAAUAGUUUUUGGAGUGUGGUGCUCCAGGAACUCUAUUAAUUCUGCCAAUAGAAAUGAGCAAUGCCAGCAAAAAUUCCACUUUCCAAAAGUGUUUAGAACAUUUUAAGCUAUCGCAAAGCUUAAUAGAUAAUGGGAAGUGGGCAUCUGUUAGAAAAGGAGAAGUUGUGCGAACAAUUAAUAAUUGUUUUGUAAUUUGGGCCUUUUCUACUAAUGAUAUAGAUUUGUUUCAGAUUUUGGAAACCAAAUUAAUAAAACAAGGAAAAUGUUCCCUAAUUCAUUAAUUUAGGCAUUUCUAAAAUCUGAAAUGUCGAAAUAUACAUCAUUUGUGUCGUUAGUACGAUCACUCUUGGCUGAUAAUGUACCUCAGCGGUACAAAGUAAUAGUGUGCGACUCUCAUAAUAUAUCAAUGCCAACCGCCGCGUCUGCGGCAGGAAAAUGGCCUAGAGGCAGGGCACAUCCCCGGCCCUCGCCCAUGUUACAGAACACGCCUGGCAGUGGUCAAGUCGAGCUUGUACGUGGUCGUGGUCGCACUGGUCGCAGUGAGAUUUAUGGACGUGAUGGACGUGGAGGGCACACAUCUACAACGUCCAAUACCAUUUACACAGAGGCGUUCAAAUCUAUUGUUUCUGGGAUCGUCUCAGUUGAUUUUCAAAUGGCUCAGGCUGCCCAACCGCAAACUACAACAACGUUCAAUAAUGGGGCUCAAAAUGUUUUUCGGGGUCGUGGACGAGGACAGCCACCAAUUAUGUGCCACAAUUGCAGGGCAUUUGGCCAUACGAGAAAGUACUGCCCUAACAAUUGUAAGUACCUAGACAAAUAA